AUGGCGGCGGGGUCGGCGCUCGCGGGGGAGGCCGGCGCUCGGCGACGAGGCGCCCGGCGGCGGACGGCGGUGCCCGAGGUGGCGGGGAGCGGUGGGGUCGGCGGCGCGCGAAACGGCGGCGGCACGGAGGAGGCCGGCGGCGGGAUCCGGCUCGAGGGCGCGGGUCCGCGCGGGACGCGGCUCGGGCCCGGAGGGCCUGCUGCGGGCUGCGGCGGGCCGCGCGCGGGUGGGGAGGAGAGAGGAGGCCGGCGGGCUGACAUGGCGGGCAGCGAUUGGGCGAGGGGGCGGCGGCGGACAUGUCCGGCGGCGGAGGAUCUGUCCGGUGGCGGGAGGAAGAAGAUGGCUAGGGUUUGCCCGAAAAUUCGAGGGAGGGGACUAAUUUAUAGGUAG